AUGGAUGUGAACUUGGCGGCUCACUUCAAACAUGGGCGUCAGCAGUUGGAGGGGCUACCGAGCGUUGCGAAGCUCUCCGACCAGGUGAUGGUGAUUUUGGGUCUGAAUCCUGGGCCCUACACCCUGCAAGGCACAAACUGCUACCUCAUUGGGCGCGGCAGAAAAAGAGUGUUGGUGGACACUGGGGAGGGAAGAGCUGAGUUCGUUGAAAGCCUCGUGCAAGUCUUGCAUGGGGAGGACUGCGAGAUAACUGAUGUGAUACUAACACACACUCAUGUGGAUCAUAUUGGGGGCCUGCCAGAUUUGGUGCAAAGGUUUCCAGAUCUUCAAGUUUGGCGAUGCCAGCCAGCCAGUGGGCUGUCGUUUGGGCAGUUGGGCACGGCGGAGGAUGCAACAGACCCUGCCCAAACCUUGGGCAAAUGCAGGCAAACCAGAUUUCGCCCUCUAAAGAAUGGAGAGGUUUUGAAACUACAUGGUUCCACGUUGAAGGCUAUUCACACCCCAGGCCAUGCAAACGAUCAUGUAUGCUUCUGGCUUGAAGAGGAGAAGGCGCUUUUCACCGGAGAUCACAUUCUUGGCACUGGCACUGUUAUCGUCCAGGAUUUGGAAGCAUACAUGUCUUCCCUGGAGCUCCUUCACAGCUUCAGGCCCGAGCGAAUUUAUCCAGGACAUGGGCCAAUGCUACAAGGAGAUGCAGCACGAAACAGGCCCAGGGAUUACAUCCAGCACCGGCACUUGCGAUUGAAGAAGGCUUUGGAGUUGCUGGAAGUCGGUGCUCGCUCUUUCGAGCAGCUUUUGGAUGGAGUGUAUGGCUCCUCUCUCCCAGCUGAUGCCUUCUUGCGACAUGCCGCCCGGAGGAACUUAGAAGCUUCCCUAGAAAAGCUGCAGAAGGAUGGCUUAGCCAGACGGCUCUCUGCGCACACAUGGGGCAUGGCAAGGAAGACGAGUACGAAUGCUGGGGAUAAACUCCAAGACCGACAGAAGGCCUCAAAUGGCUAUGCACGGGAGGGUGAGCUGCGAGGAGUUCUCCAGAGGGCUCGGCCACAAUGGAGCACCAAAGAUUUGGCGGCCGCAGAGGCCAAGUUGCUGUCGAUCGGCAUUUGCACCGCCGAGAAGCUUGCAGAGCAGUUGGCAGCAUCGGUGCUCAAUGACAAUCUCCGAAGUGGUGGAUUUCGGGCUUUUGCUGCCGAAACUCUUCAAGCACUUCGUGAGGCCUCGUCGUCAUUCCGAUGUCGUCGUGGCGUCCACCCGACCCAGGCAGUGCCGGAGAGUGAAACGGUCGACUGA